UACCCAAUAAAAUGGGGCAGGCAGGGCAGAAGAGUCAGAAACUCAGCUCUGCAGGAGCCUCAGCACCAGGACUUGGGUGGAUCGAGGGGAUCUGAAGGAGCCAUGUAUCCAAGGGCUCCCCAUGCCGCCCUGCUGCUGUUCCUCCUGCUGACCCUGGUGUUGUCCUUGGUGGUGGGGGAUCACAAGGAAUCGGCCUACGAGAAGUUCCAGAGGCAGCAUGUAGACGAGGAUAGUCCCUCUCCAUACGAUGAUGCCUACUGCACUCAGAGGAUGCAGGCCAAGAAUAUGACCCAGCGCACUUGCAAGAUCAUCAACACCUUCAUCCACGCUGCCUUACCAAGCAUAGAUGAUAUCUGCACAGGGGCUGGGAACAACACACACGACAACUAUUACUAUAGCUACAGUGACUUUAAUGUCACCGACUGCACUUUUGUAAGCCGCUCCUCCCCAAAAGAGUGUAUGUACAGUGCAAGGAACAAUACCCAGAAGAUCUGCAUUGCCUGCACUGAAAACCUGCCUGUGCACUAUGGCCCAGUGAGCCAGUGCAAGCCGUGAAUCCUGCACUGCCCCGCAGCUUUUGUUUGCAGUGCAGGCCCUCAUUGCCAAAGCCUGCACUAUUCAAGAAGAGAGAGAAAGAGAAGAGAAAAAGAUGCUGAUGCUGAUACCAUGUGUUUCAAAAUGUUCUAAGAUAAGAAAAAACCUUCAUGCCUUGUUUUAUCUUGAUAUAUUAAGCUCUGCGUGCAGAUGUUAACCUCCUCCUUUCCCCUGAACCAGCAGCUGAUAAUUGUUCCCAAAACACAGUGUGGUUUUUUUUCUGAAUAAGUAAACUGCUUACGUGUGACAAACGAAUGAUAGCAUCUUUCUGUUUCUCUCAAGGUUGCUUUGUCUGAACCCUGCAUCUUUUCUCGCUGUCUAAAGUAUAAAUACACUUGUAAACUUGUAGAGGUCAGAGUACCUUUGAGACCCCUCCUUGUGAUCACUUGUAUAGCUUUAAAUAAACCUAGAUGGCUCUGCCAAUUCUAAUACAA